AUCCAACAUCCAAAUUUUUCUUGGCCUCUCUCUUCCAGGUUCCAGCAGCUACAACAGAAUAGAAUAAUAAAAUUGUAAUAGGGUGGCUUAGAGCUCCAAUAACGAUCAAAGAAAGCAGCAAGCUUUCCCCAAUUCUUAUUCCGAGACCAAGAGGAGGGGAGGGAAGCAAAGCUCAGAGAGAUGACGGCAGCCGCGGGGCUCGGCUACGUCCUCAUUGCCCUUGGCCCCGCUUUCUCCCUCUUCGUCUCCGUCAUCGCCAAGAAGCCCUUCCUCAUCCUUACCCUCCUCUCCAGCACACUGUUUUGGCUUGUGAGUUUGAUAGUCCUUUCUGCGGCAUGGAGAGGCUUUCUUCCUGUGAAGUCUGCAGUGUGGUGGCCUUAUGUGCUCCUUAUCCUCACAUCUGUUGGUUUUCAAGAAGGUGUCCGUCUUGUAUUCUGGAAGCUUUACAAGAGGCUGGAAGACAUGUUGGAUGCUUUUGCUGACAGAGUGUCUAAACCUCGCCUUUAUUUGACAGAUAAGAUGCUAAUUGCCUUGGCUGGUGGUUUGGGUCAUGGCUUGGCUCAUGCUGUCUUUUUCUGUCUUAGUCUCUUGACUCCUGCAUUUGGUCCAGCAACAUUUUAUGUUGAUAGGUGCUCACACAUACCAUUUUUCCUUGUUUCUGCCAUUAUGUCACUUGGAUUUGUGAUUAUUCAUACUUUUUCGAUGGUCAUUGCUUUCAACGGGUAUGCUGAAGGGAGGAAAAGUGACCAAGCUGUUGUUCCAGUUGUUCACAGCAUUGCUGCUAUAAUGACACUGAUUAACCUUGCACCUGGGGGCUGCGUUGUGGGUGUACCUCUGCUAUGCUUCAUGGCAGCUGUAACAUUGCACUAUUGCUGGCAGAUGGUUUGGAGAAGACUAACUGAACACCGAAACAUUCAGACAAACAAUUAACAGCCAUCUGAGUCUUAUGUUGCAUGUCUGCUUUAUUUUUGAAAUAUUUUUGUAGUGUGUCAUCUCAUGGGCAAAGAAAUUACACUCUCCUCUUUUUAAGUGAAGUAGGAGGAUAGUAAUGAUUGAAUGUGACAUUUUUACAUCCCUAAAAGGAAAUGUAGCAACAUGAUAGCAUGGAAUAUGGAUGAUUGAAGGUAGAUGCCUCCCUUUUUCCCUGAAAUGUGAUCUCAAUUAUUGCACACUUUCACUUGA